CCGAGCGGCGAUUGGCUGGGGGUCAUGGCUGGGAGGAGGCGGAAGCGGCGGGGAGGCCGGAAGCGGCGGCGCGAUGGAGCUGAGCGAGAUGCUGUAUAACAAGUCCGAGUACAUCGAGACGGCAUCUGGCAACAAAGUCAGCAGGCAGUCUGUGCUCUGUGGAAGUCAGAACAUAGUUCUGAAUGGAAAGACGAUAGUUAUGAAUGAUUGUAUUAUUCGUGGUGAUCUGGCAAACGUAAGAGUUGGACGCCACUGUGUUGUGAAAAGCCGCAGUGUCAUCAGGCCGCCUUUCAAGAAAUUCAGCAAGGGAGUUGCUUUCUUCCCUCUCCACAUUGGUGAUCAUGUCUUUAUAGAAGAAGACUGCGUUGUCAAUGCAGCCCAGAUCGGCUCCUACGUUCACAUAGGCAAGAACUGUGUCAUUGGUCGUAGGUGUGUUUUGAAAGACUGCUGCAAAAUUCUAGCCAACACAGUUCUACCCCCUGAAACCGUGGUCCCGCCUUUUACAGUCUUUUCAGGCUGCCCAGGGCUCUUCUCUGGAGAACUCCCAGAAUGCACCCAAGAGCUGAUGAUGGAUGUUACAAAGAGCUAUUACCAGAAGUUCUUGCCACUUACUCAGGUGGCCUCUGCCAGGGCCUAAAGACCAAGUCACCAGCGAAGACCUCACAAAUGCAGCCCUGUUAAAAUCCCCCAGAUCUGGCCCUUUUAACCUCCAUCCUCUGGAGCAUCGCUUUGUCCGGGCUCAUCUCUGAACCUCUGCCUGCUGGCUAGCUGCACUGGCUGGAAUGAUGAAGUGUCCCUAGGUUGGUGCCUGCCAUCACUGCCUCUUGGGAGUUGUUGUUUCCUGAUGUCUACAAUUAGCCUGAUACAGUAGAAUGAACCACAACUUCCACGAGGAGCCUUUGCUGCACAGACCUGGAGCAAACGGCCGCAGUGGAGCUAGUUGGCUUUGGGGGCAAUGGAGACUCCGCUACUGGAUUCCUCUGUUCAGGAACCUUUUAAAAACAUUCUCACUUGCUUAAACAAUAAACCAGCCCUGCAUUCUGCCACCAUA